GUGACAACUGACAAUAUAUGAUAAAUGUCCAUUGUUAUAUUUUUUUUUAGUUUUUACUAUAAUUUUUAUUUUUUUUCAUGAAGUCAAUAAUAUGAUUAUUGAUAACAUGAUAACAUAAUCAAUCCCUAGAUUUUACAAUAUUUUUGUUAUCUAUAGUCAAAUCAGGUGUUAUAAUUUUGUUAUAAUGUUAUAAUGUUCAUAAUAAUAUUGUGAAAGAAAAUUUUGUCGCUUUUAUUGACUGUCACAGUUAUUGGUAUUCUAAAACUUCUAUAGAAGAAAGUGAACUGAAUGAAGAUGAUAAUAUUACAAAAAAUGAUACAUUGGAGCCAAAACUAACUGGUGAUAUCCUUGGAGAAAUUGUGAUCAAAAUAUUACAACAUUUAAAUUUAAAUCCUCUAAACUGUAUCGGUAUCGGAACUGACGGUUGUUCUGUCAUGACUUCUAAUUUAAAAGGAGCUGUUCAAAAAAUCCAGUCCUAUGCUUUAAAUGCUUUUCACUGUCCUUGUUCAAACCACGCACUCAACUUAUCAAUUUCAAGAUCCUCAUCUAUUCAAGCAAUUAGAAAUGGUAUUGGGUUAAUGAAAGAAGUUGUAGCUUUUUUUAAUUUGUCAUCUAAAAGAAAUUAUGUCUUAAAAACAAUUCUUAAUGGUAAACAGCGACUUAAGAGUUUAUGUGAAACCAGAGGGGUAGACCGUCAUGAUAGUGUUUUAAUUUUCAAAUCUUCUUUAAAUUAUAUUGUAGAAGCAUUGACUAAAAUAUCAGAUUGGAAUGAACAAGAUUCAUCGUCAAAGGCAAAAACAUUACUUACAGCUGUAUGCUCAUGUGAGUUUAUUAUAUCACUACAUUCACUUUCAUCAUUAUUAUGUGUAACUGCAUCUGCCAGUAAAUUACUACAAAGUGUCAAUAGUGAUAUAAGUCAAGCUGCAGAUAUAAUCACUGAUAUUUUGUCAAAUUUAGAAAAUAAAAGAAAAAAUUGUAAUGAAGAGUUUAAAUCAUUGUUCAGAGAUGCUGAGAUUCAAAUGACUAAAUUGGAUAUUGAAUUAAAAAAGCCUCGAAUUGCUUCAAAACAAAUAUCUAGAUCUAAUUAUCAAACCACGUCUAUUGAAAACUAUUAUAAACUUUCUAUUUAUAUACCUUUACUGGAUAAUAUUAUAACAGACUUAAAAUCAAGAUUUUUAAAUGAAAAGUAUCAUGCCAUUUCAACAUUGCCUUUACUUUUACCCCGUUUCAUUAUUAAAUCUGACACAGAACAUUUUACAUUUGAAGAUAGCAAUAUAAUUGAUGCAUUGGAGCUAAAAACUGAAUUACAACUUUGGAAAUCAAGUUGGAUUAGAAAAAAAAAUGAAGGUGAAUGUAUUGACUGUGAUGCCAUUAAAUGUAUUUCAGAUUGUAGUGAAAUAGUUUUUCCUAAUAUUAAAAAACUGCUUGGUAUAAUGGCUUGCUUGCCUAUAAGUGUAGCAUCUGCUGAACGAUCCUUUUCUACUCUAAGACGACUAAAAACAUGGCUACGUUCAAAAAUGGGCCAGGAUCGCUUAUGCGGGCUUGCACUAUUGCACAUUUAUCAAGAGAUAAAUAUACCAGUGGAUGAAAUUAUUGAACGAUUUUCUCGUAUGAAAAACAGAAAAUUAGACUUUGUAUUAUAA